AUGUGUGGUAAAACCAAGACUCAAGGUGGUUAUCACAGGUUUUGUUCCGGGGUUCAGGAGACAGUCACCAGGUAUCAUAGGGACACAUACUGUGACAAGCCACACCACCAGCGACUGCGAUGCGAGAUGAGUGCGAUAAUUGCGGUCACGGAUGCUGCAAAUGUUGUACCCAGGGAAGAGCACAGAGUCAUCUCUCCACUCGUCUCGCUUAGCGCCGCCGCUCAGCAAAGGCUGCAGGUCCCAUACUCAGGCUUGUCUGCCAAAGACUUUCACUCUGCUUUGAUCAAUCCCCUCGUCCAAGGGAGAUCACAACGUUCGCUUCCAGGUCCCACGGGUAUCAUACCCCGACCGAGUACCACGAUGCAAACGAGACCACACGGGCCAGGCUCCAGCCCCUCCGUUCGAAUCGUCCUUCAGCAGCGACCACAGGCUCCGUAUGAAAGCCCGCCACCCGUUGGUUCGCAAUCCUCCACCAUUAGCAUGAGACAGGCGAGACCACAGCGUCAGCAGCCAGGGAGUGGAUCGCAACAGCCCACAGCAAACCCUGACGAUGUUAAUAUACGGAGACCACAGAUCUCAGAUGAGGCUCCGUCUUCCAAUGACUCUGAGCGCUCACGUACGACCGUCACCGAAGAAGGAUCGCUGGUUUCAGAUGGGAGCCUGACUACGAUAACCCAGAGUCGAUCGCUGUCCCCACCCUUGAGCAUCUCGUCCGGGAGAGUGCACCAAGCCCUUAGCGCCCGAAAGAGAAACCGCGAUUGA